AUGGUUAGAGCAAAUCAACGCAACAGCAACAGCAACACGGCAGCACAGGACUCAUUGUCAACUUCCCCCAUUCCUAAUCCCAACCCUGUAGACCCGCAAUUGCGGUACCAACCCUCAUACUUAACCGCACCAACUAGUCGCGCUUUGCGGCGACGUCUAACGCGACAGCAGCAAGUGAACGCGAUACCGAAAAAAUUGCAGGUAUCAGCGAAAACAGAUAAGCGACGAGACGACAGCACCAAGAACUCCAACACCAACACCAACACCAGCGCCAGCGCCAACAGCAAAACCAACACCAAAGUUAACGGUUGUGCGAAUAACCGUACACCACGUGAAGGUGACAAUAAGUGUCCCCUGGCGGCUUUGACAGUCAGUAGUGUAGUGUCAGCGCUGGCGAGAACGAAAAGGCAACGCGGUCGAAGGCGGCACGUAGCGGCUACGCGUACUGUAAUCGCUUACAAUUUUGGCAAAAGAAAAACGGGCAGCGCUUUAGGAAAAACGAACAACUGUACAACUAAUCGUAAUAGUGUUAGCGGUAAUAGACAACGCGUGUGGAAAAGCAACAACACGGAAACGCCAAACAACAACUUAACAAACGUUACAAAAACAACUCCAACAGAAGUGCUUGAAAAAUCAUUGAAGACGUCGCCCGCAACGGAGUCGCAGGUAUUGGAGCGGAGCGCCAGGGAGCCUAGGCUUGAUUCUGACGCUGAGGAGGAGGCGACGACGACGACGACGACCGAUUCGGCUCUCUACGACGUCGUCGCAAAGCGCGCCUGA